AUGCCGUACGAGUCUUGGGAGUCGAGCCCGUCCGCACUCUCGGGCCUUGCUCAGUAUGCCGUCGAGUUAUGGCACGAGCACCGGAUCCCCAUCAUCCUCACGGCGUUUUUCUCCCUUGUCUUGCUAAGAGUAUAUCUCCAUUGGACGGAGCAGAAGCAGGAGCUGCUCGUGUUCCCCAAAAUCUACAGCGAGCCGGCUCCGCAGCGCCAGGCGGCGGCCAAGGUUGAACCCACAAGCGAAAAUGCCGCCGUCAAAGUAGAGAAGGGCGGCGGUACACAGUCGGAGAAGACGUCCAGGAAGCUAGCUACAAACGGGCCGCGCCGGAUCAAGGGCGAGCUCACCAAGAAGACUCGCGCUGCUGGCGCGAACGAGGCGCGCAAGAUACAGGUUCUCGUCUUUUACUCGUCGAUAACUGCCAACACUGAACGGAUCGCGCGCGAGUUCGCACGGGCAUUGGAAGUUGCUCUGGGGUGCGCCGGCUCCGAGCAGAAGUCGGAUUCCUCGUUUCUGGCCCCCCGAGUCCUAGAUCUCUCGGAAGCCGACUAUGACGAGUACUUGAUUACGCCCCCAAAGAUGGAGAGCGACGGGGCACCGGUCGACCUGUUUUAUCUCUUUCUGCUGCCGAGCUACAACAUCGACACAAUCAACGACAACCUCUUGGAGCAUAUGAAGGAGACGCACCACGACUUCCGGAUCGAUACCUCGCCUCUCUCGUCAAUCAUUGGCUAUUCCGUGUUUGGGUUCGGCGACAGAGAGGGGUGGCCGACCGAGGAUGAAGGAUUCUGUUUCCAGGCCAAAGAGGUUGACAGAUGGAUGGCCAAGUUGACUGGGCGGAAGCGCGCCUACCCGCUUGGCAUGGGCGACUGGAAGAGAGAUGGCUCUGCGCGUCUCUCAGAAUGGCAAGUUGGACUAACCGAAGUGCUGAAGCUGGUAGAGAGCACGGGGAGCCUAGGGGAGGGCGUGGAGGGCUCGGGAGACCCGAUAGAAAGCGACGACGAAGGUGACGCGUAUGACGACGGCGAAGUGGUGUUCGACGAUAAUGCGCCAGAGGCGAAAACAAAGAGUUCAGGCAGCAUUGAGGACGUUGAAGACAUGGGGCGGAUAAUGGAGAUGUCGCAGGCCGACGGCUCCGUAGAACAGACAAAAGCCCCAAUCGCCAUCGACUUCACGACACAGGGAAAGACGAAGCCGAGGAAGACGGCCAUUAUCACCGUGAAGGAAAUGGUGCCCCAGAGCUCGCCCACGUAUGCAUCCCUGACCAAGCAAGGCUACUCUAUCGUCGGAUCCCAUUCAGGUGUCAAGAUAUGCCGGUGGACUAAGUCGGCCCUGCGCGGUCGAGGGUCGUGCUACAAGUACUCGUUUUACGGCAUCAACUCGCAUCAAUGCAUGGAGACGACGCCGUCUCUCUCGUGCUCCAACAAAUGCGUCUUUUGCUGGCGCCACGGGACCAACCCCGUCGGUACGACCUGGCGCUGGGUCGUGGACCCCCCUCAGCUCAUCUUUGAUGGCGUCAAGGAAAACCACUACAAGAAGAUCAAGAUGAUGCGCGGCGUGCCUGGCGUGCGCGCCGAGCGCUUCGCCGAGGCCAUGCGCAUCCGCCACUGCGCGCUUUCGCUGGUCGGCGAGCCCAUCUUCUACCCGCACAUCAACGAGUUCCUGGGCAUGUUGCAUGCGGAGCGCAUCUCGUCCUUCCUGGUGUGCAAUGCGCAGCACCCCGACGAGCUCGCGGCACUCAAGCAUGUCACGCAGCUGUACGUCAGCAUCGACGCGUCGAACCGCGAGUCGCUGCGCCGCAUCGACCGGCCGCUGCACCGCGACUUCUGGGAGCGCUUCCAGCGCUGCCUCGAGAUCCUGCGCGAGCGCCGCUUCCGCCAGCGCACCGUAUUCCGCCUGACCCUCGUCAAGGGCUUCAAUGUCGAGGACGAGGCCGAGGGCUACGCGGACCUGGUCGAGAAGGGCCUGCCGUGCUUCGUCGAGGUGAAAGGCGUCACCUACUGCGGCACGUCGACGUCGAGCAACGCCGGCCUGACCAUGGCCAACGUGCCCUUCUACCAGGAGGUCUGCGACUUCGUCGUCGCGCUCAACGCGAGCCUCGAGAGGCGCGGGCUCAAGUACGGCAUCGCCGCCGAGCAUGCCCACAGCUGCUGCAUCCUCAUCGCCAGCGAGCGCUUCAACGUCGACGGCAAGUGGCACACGCUGAUCGACUACGAAAAGUUCUUCCAGCUGCUCGAGUCCAAGGGGCCCGACGGCGACUUUUCGCCAGAGGACUACAUGGGUGCCGCGACCCCUGAGUGGGCCACGUGGGGCCAGGGCGGGUUCGACCCGCGAGACCAGAGAGUAGAUAGGAAGGGAAGGCCGAUUGAGACCAAUUAA